AUGGACUCCCAUGCUUGGUUCCACUGGUUCGUGGUCUAUUUUCUCUACCGCUACGUCCGCCUGAUAGUGAACUUAUGGUCAUUCUGGACUUUCAAGCCAAUUCCGAUUCCAGAGAAUCCGAGUCUUUCGCCCUCCGAUGUCACGGUUAUCUUGCCUACACUGGACGGAGAAGGGGAUGAGUUGGAGCAGACCAUUUCUUCGAUUCUGGAGAACAAGCCCAAGGAAUUGAUACUGGUCACCAUCGACGAGAACUUGCACAAAGCAGAGAGGACCAUGGCGAAAAUGCCCGCAGCCAAAUACGACCGUAUCCGGUGUAUGUCCGUCAAGCAGGCCAACAAGAGACGUCAGAUGGCCCGGGCCAUCCCCGAAGUCCACACGCAGAUCAUUGUCUUCGCUGACGACGACGUCACUUGGCCAGCUGAGACCUUGCAGUGGAUGCUGGCCCCCUUUGAGGACAAAAGAUAUGGAGGAGUGGUGACAUCCCAGAGGCUCAGACGUGCCGAGAAUCCUUCAUUCUCUCAACGGAUCUAUGGAUUUUUGGGUGCGCUGUAUCUGGAACGUCGAAACUUCGAUUGUGCAGCUACUGCUCACUUGGAUGGCGGCAUGCCAUGCCUGUCUGGACGCACUUGCGCCUACCGCACAAGCAUUCUGCAAGAUGUCAACUUCACCAACGGCUUCACGAACGAGACAUGGUGGUUCGGCCAGUACCAACUCAACGCCGACGACGACAAUUUUCUGACUCGCUGGAUGGUUUCCCACGGCCACGAGACCUACAUGCAGUACCAUCCCAAUUGUGAGGUGCUAACCACGCUGGAAAACAAUCCCAAAUUCCUCAAGCAAUGCCUCCGCUGGGCACGCAGCAAUUGGCGGAGCAACAUUACCAGCAUCUUCACUGAGCGUCACAUUUGGAGGCGGCAACUCUACAGCACUUAUGCGGUGCAACUGACAACCCUGAUGCCUCCUGCAUUCGUCAGCGACCCCCUGUUAUGGUUCCUACUGGUAUGCGGCACCAGCGAUUGGCCUCGUGAGCACGCGCAUCUGGCCUUCUAUGUUUUCGCCGGAUGGAUGGCCUUUUCCAAGUUCGUCAAGCUCAUCACCCACUUUGUCCGCUAUCCAGUCGAUCUCCUUCUAUGGCCAGUUUCCGUGCUCUUUGGUUGGUUCCACGGUAUCAUCAAGCUCUACGCAUCAUGGACCCUGAACGAGACAACCUGGGGCAGUCGAGCCAAUGCCGAUUCCAGCGACUCUGAAAGAAUGAUCCGGCAACAGAAGCCCCGUCACUACUCUGCCUCGCUUGGUGAAAAGCUUCAUAGCAAACUCCUUCCUUACGACGACAUGAAACCCCACGCCGCCUACGACCUCAAAUGUUCUCAGCCUCCCUUAGCCUAA